UGCUGGGAAAGUUGCAGUCAAUUUUAUAGCCUAAGAAUCUCAUCUUAAGAGAUGUAUUUAAUUGGAGGAAAUCAAAAUGCUAAAGUUUAUGAUGGGAAAGGAUUUUUCCUCAAAAUUUACAGACAUAAACUAAACAUGUUGAGCUGUGUUAUUCCUGAGCUUGAUGAAGGAAAUAUCUGUCCUACUUGUCCCAAAACUGAUGGUGUGACUUUGAGUCUCUUGAUGCUCUAUUUAUUGGAAAUUUUACAAGUUGUUGCUGUGUUUUCAUUUUCUGGUAAAAUCCCUUUUUGUAGUGUAUUCCAAAACUGUGGUUAUGCAUUAGAUCCAAGUGAUGACACAGCUCACAUUGAAGAGAAAUUUGUUGGGGAUGUUGAGAAAGCAAAGGAUAGCAAGGGAUUGACUGUGUUUGAAGCUACAAAACAGCCGGCGGGAAAUAAGAGGACCAUGGAGUAA